GGGCACUGGGAAGAGUUUAGCAUAAGGAUUUCUUUUAAACCCCAAUAUGACAGUUGCUACUGGAGAUCCUGCAGACGAAGCUGCAGCUCUUCCCGGUCACCCGCAGGACACGUAUAACCCCGAGACCGACCAUGAAUGCUGCGAGAGGGUGGUCAUUAAUAUUUCGGGUCUGCGCUUUGAGACGCAGCUCAAGACACUAGCCCAGUUUCCAGAGACCUUACUAGGGGAUCCUAAAAAGAGAAUGAGGUAUUUCGACCCACUCCGGAACGAGUAUUUCUUUGACCGGAACAGACCCAGCUUCGAUGCAAUUUUGUACUAUUACCAGUCUGGCGGGAGGUUGCGGAGGCCGGUUAACGUGCCCUUAGAUAUCUUCUCGGAAGAGAUUCGCUUCUAUGAACUGGGGGAAGAAGCAAUGGAGAUGUUUCGGGAGGAUGAAGGCUACAUCAAAGAAGAGGAAAGACCGUUGCCUGAGAACGAGUUUCAGAGACAAGUGUGGUUGCUCUUUGAGUACCCUGAGAGCUCAGGCCCUGCCAGGAUUAUAGCUAUUGUCUCCGUCAUGGUGAUUUUAAUCUCCAUCGUCAGCUUUUGCCUGGAAACGCUGCCCAUUUUUCGGGAUGAGAAUGAAGACAUGCACGGCAGCGGGCUGAGCCAUCCCCCCUACUCCAACAGCAGCAUGGGGUACCAGCAGUCCACCUCUUUCACAGACCCCUUCUUCAUUGUGGAGACACUUUGCAUCAUCUGGUUCUCCUUCGAGUUCUUGGUGAGGUUUUUCGCCUGCCCCAGCAAGGCUGGGUUUUUUACCAACAUCAUGAACAUUAUAGACAUUGUAGCCAUCAUCCCCUAUUUCAUCACCUUAGGGACGGAGCUGGCCGAGAAGCCGGAGGAUGGUCAGCAAGGCCAGCAAGCCAUGUCCCUGGCCAUCCUUCGAGUCAUCCGCUUGGUGCGGGUCUUCAGGAUCUUCAAGCUCUCCCGACACUCCAAGGGGCUGCAGAUCCUGGGGCAGACUCUUAAGGCCAGCAUGCGGGAGCUGGGCCUCUUGAUAUUUUUCCUCUUCAUCGGCGUCAUCCUCUUCUCCAGCGCCGUCUACUUUGCCGAGGCCGACGAGAGCGAGUCCCAGUUCCCGAGCAUCCCCGAUGCCUUCUGGUGGGCCGUGGUUUCCAUGACGACUGUUGGCUACGGAGACAUGGUCCCCACGACCAUUGGGGGGAAAAUAGUGGGUUCCUUGUGUGCCAUCGCUGGCGUAUUAACGAUUGCCUUACCAGUGCCCGUCAUAGUGUCUAACUUCAAUUACUUCUACCACCGGGAGACGGAGGGAGAGGAGCAGGCUCAAUAUUUGCAAGUAACCAGCUGCCCAAAGAUCCCCUCUUCCCCUGACCUAAAGAAAAGCAGAAGUGCCUCUACUAUUAGUAAGUCUGAUUAUAUGGAGAUUCAGGAAGGCGUAAACAAUAGCAAUGAGGAUUUUAGGGAGGAGAACUUGAAGACAGCCAAUUGCACCCUAGCUAACACAAACUAUGUGAAUAUCACCAAAAUGCUAACCGAUGUCUAGUCGCUAAAAUCUAGUAACGUAUUUAAAGCUGAAGUGGAACAAUUGCAGAUAUUGAGUGCUGCUCUGCAUUGUAGUUAAUACAGUAUUUUCUACGGUGUAUAUUUGGUUCUGCAUGGGAAGCAAUAGCUGUGUAAGUGACUUUUAACCUUUGAUUUCCACACCGAAUAAGCGUUCGUGCAAAAAAAAAACAAAAACAAAACCCGAACCAUUUUGUUUCCCUUCUCCCAUCCCAGGCUUGUGGCUUUCCCAAGAUACGGAGCUGUUGGGCAUUUCGAGCCACGGGAUGGGGACGCGAGGGGCAGCUCCGGGCCAUCCCGGGGUACCACAAACGCCGGUCCCUGUCCUGCAGAGCUGGGUGACAGCCAGCUUCCAGGCGUGGGGAACGGCUGGGAAAGGUCAGGCAGAGCUUAAUGAAGGGAAGAUGCAGCCGUGUGUCCGAAUUGCUUGAAGGCUCGGGCUUCCGCCCUGGGAGUGCCAAGUGCGAACGCAUCGCCCAGGCUCAUGUUUCAUAACUGAAAAUGCUGCAUGCUGCAAUAGUUUCAGCCACUGCAGUAUGC